UGCGUCGCCCACGCUGGAAAUAUUUACCUGUAUUUCAACUUUAUCUCAAGUUACAUUAGUAUUCUGGUGUAAGAUGUCAGCGUACGCUCACGAGCUGAAAAGCUAAGUAACGUUAGCAACCUGACGGUUAAGUGGAGCGGCUGGCUGUAAUUACUGUCGCGGUAACGGCAGCUAACGGCCGAGCGUUUUGCGACCGUGAACUAAAGAGAGGCCGGGUUGCCGAACAAGCCUGGUACCGACGACCGCUGCCGUAACCGCUCUCGAGCUGUUGACCGACACAGAGAAACGAAGUAGGCCGGUCAGUGAAAGAAGCUAAAAUGUUGACUCCCACUGGCCAAGUAACGGUAAACUAGCGCGCUAGCGCGUGCUAAGUGUAACUCGAGGCCUUAGGAUGUCAAACCAGACGCUUUCUCGUCCAUUUCGACCACAACGGUGACGUCGUGUGCAGCGGUAUCAUUACGGCGCGGUUCGGAAAAAGUGCAUCGAUUUAAUAGUUCUAUUUUUCCUGCCCACACGUGUUACUUUGGCUCUGAACAAAGAGCCUGUGGCGCUGAAGUCCUGCAUUCAGCAUGAUUCCCUGGUUGCGGUGGAGGUGAAGAAGCAUGGGGUGGAGAUUUGAGGUGUCGCGACGAACGACACGACAGUAUGGUUGAUGGUGGAGAAGCUCAAAAUGGAAAACCGCCCAUGCAUCGAGGAGAACAUUGACUCAAGCGAGGCCCAACACGCCAGUGACGAUUCUGAGGAUGGAAGCAGCUCUGAAAGCGAACCAGAAGAGCAGCAACACCCCCAGAGGGUCCGGCUGAACAGGUGUAAGAAGAGGGACCCGUUGGCCGUCGCAAAGCCCCACCGACAGCUCUGCCGCUCUCCGUGCCUCGACCGGCCCAGUUUCUCUCAGGGUAGCACCGCUCAAGAGCUUCGCGAGGAUGACACCGGCGCCGGGCCCGCGAUCAAGCCCGCCAGUGACCGAGAGUACCAGACCAAGAUGGAAUUUGCAUUGAAGUUGGGCUACUCGGGGGAGCAGGUGGAGACGGUGCUCAACAAGCUGGGGGCUGCCGCGCUUAUUAACGACGUUCUUGCUGAGCUGGUACGGCUUGGAAACAAAGUCGAGCCCGAGAUCCAACCUGGCAGCAGCACAGCAGCAGCAACGUCACGCCCCGCCUGUGCGAAAGAGACGGUCAGCCCAGAGGUGUCGGUCGAAGACGACUCUGUGGAUAUGUCUGACAGCCUCCGGCCCAUCGUCAUCGACGGCUCCAAUGUGGCAAUGAGUCACGGGAACAAAGAGGUGUUCUCCUGUCGCGGUAUCCACCUGGCUGUCGACUGGUUUUUGGAGAAAGGACACAAGGACAUCACUGUGUUUGUCCCAGCCUGGAGGAAGGAGCAGUCGAGGCCCGACGCCCUCAUCACAGAUCAAGAAAUAUUACGUAAGCUGGAAAAAGAGAAGAUCCUGGUUUUCACCCCAUCUCGGAGGGUUCAAGGCAGGAGAGUGGUGUGCUAUGACGAUCGCUUCAUAGUGAAGCUGUCUUAUGAUUCUGAUGGAAUUAUUGUGUCAAAUGACAACUACAGGGACUUGCAAAAUGAGAAACCAGAGUGGAAGAAGUUCAUAGAAGAGCGUCUCCUCAUGUACUCGUUUGUCAAUGACAAAUUUAUGCCACCUGAUGAUCCCCUGGGAAGACAUGGUCCAAGUUUGGAAAAUUUCCUCCGCAAGCGUCCUAUGGUUCCAGAGCACAAAAAACAACCUUGCCCCUAUGGGAAAAAGUGCACAUAUGGACAUAAGUGCAAGUACUAUCAUCCAGAGCGCGUCAACCAGCCUCUGCGGUCGGUGGCCGAUGAACUACGGGCGUUUGCCAAAUUGUCCGCGGUGAAGACGAUGAGUGAGGGCGCUUUAGCCAAAUGCGGUCUUGGUCCGGCAACUGUAAAGGGGGACGGCAACUCUGAGGUCAAACGUGUGGCCCCCAAACGUCAAUCUGACCCCAGUAUUCGCUCAGUGGCCUGUGAACCUCUUGAGACGCUGUCCGUCGCAAGGAAAGCUGAGACGAAUUCCGUGCCUUCCCUUGUGUCUGCGCUCAGUGUGCCCACCAUGCAGCCCACCAAGGGUCACGCAGCCGGGGCCUUGAACACACGAUCGGCCAGCAGCCCGGUGCCAGGCUCCGUGCCGUUCGGACACAGUUCCCUGGAGCACAUGUCCAGUGUACAGUACCCUCCUAUUUUAGUCACCAAUAGUCACGGCGCCUCGAUGACAUACGGUGAACAGUUCCCAAAGUAUGACUCGGUGAGCGACCAUGGAUAUUAUUCACUGCACAGUGAUUUUUCAAAUAUGAGCAUGAGCAGCAUGCAUAAUGUCGACAGUUUCUGUAGCAUGGAGCACGAGCAUAGUGUGUAUCAGAGGAAUCCCAGCCACUGCCUUGAAUCCUGCCUCAGCCAUUCAAACAGCGACUCCUUCUCCUCUUACGGGGACAUGUACCCCAGCUCCGUGGACAGCAGCGCAGAGGAGAGCAUGAAGGGGCAGCAUCAGCCUCCUGCGCCGGGGAGGAUGCAAGCUUUCUCCCAUGGGUUUCGUCACGACGCACUGAGUAGGGUACAGAGUUAUGGACCUGAGGAUCCCAAGCAGGGGCCCCGCAAGCAGCCUGGAUCUCAUCUGGCCCCUCACAUCCAGCAUGUUGCCGUGGGAGCCAGGUCCAGCUGUCCUGGAGACUAUCCCCUCACUCAGAAUGUCCUUCCACCUUUGCAGCCCACACGGUCUCUCGGGAUGACUCGCAUGGACAGCAUAUCCGAUUCCCGGCUCUACGACAGCAACCCGAUGAGACAGAGGCGCCCUCCACUGUGCCGUGAGCAGCAUGCAAGCUGGGACCCGCUGCCUUGUGGUAAUGAGUCCUAUGGGUAUCAUUCAUAUCCUUUGAGUAACAACCUGAUGCCGUGUUGCGAGCGAGUGAUGGUCCGCAGCAUGCCAGACAAAAUGGAACAAAUCUGGAACUCUCCAUGGGAGAUGCCAUCGGCCGCUGAACAUCAAGAGCGGUACGUCAUCCCAGACCACCAGUAUCAAACGUAUCGGAACCUGUGUAACAUCUUUCCUGCUUACGUUGUCCACUCAGUAAUGGAGAAGAGCCCUCAUUUGACAGAUCCACAACAACUCGCCGCCAUCAUUGUCACCAAACUGAGGUCAUGCCAUUAAGCAGUUCAUCCUAUUAAACAUUCAAAAGCGAUGUGGUAAGAGGAAUACAGAUUUUGAUUGCAAAGCUCGUGUUGCUACAUGUGCGACAUCUGCCCUCAGGAGUUUUUAUUUCUUUUAAUUAUUUUUGUUUGUUCUAAAUGUCUCGGGUGAGGAAAUAAGAUUUGACAUCAUUAAGAAGACAGUAAUCAACAUAGAGAUAGUUUGUCCGAUAAGUUUAUCUCACAUUGUAAGAUGUUUCACAUUUAAAAGCUAAGUUUUUAUAUGAAGUGUGAUGCAGUAGACCUUAGAAAUCUGCUUCAUAACACAUUCAUACCACCUGAGCAGGAGCUGCAUACCAGCUUUGUACCUUAUCCACGAUUAACUGAGCCUUUGUCCAACAUCAUUCAUUUUAGAAAAAAAUUACAGAAUACUCUGCCAACAUUUCGCAGGCUGUUAAAUGUCCAGUAGAUUCUUUCUGAAACGGUUUCUUUGAUUUAAUUGAUAACAUUUGGUAUGAAAAUGAUCUAUGGAGCUCCAGACUGUUCAGUAUUAUGUUAAGAUAAGUUAUUAAGAAAGAAAUAACCACAGGAAUAUUCUGUGUAAAAAGCAUAUCUGAAACAAUCUGAAUUUAUUGAAGAAAUAAUUAAAUUAGAUUUCAGUUUUUUAUUUUUUAAGUUCCCUUCAAGAUUGUGUUUUUAAAUCAAAAAGGCAUUUUUCUUAAAUGGUGCUCAAUGUCCUGUUACUUUUCAUUACAUCACAAUUCAUAUUGUAAUUUAUUAUUUCAAAAUGUCCAUUUUCAGGACAGUGGUGAUGUCGCCUGUCAGCCAAUCACAGGCCCCCUGCCCUGCCUCUAGUUAGCAUAUUUAACAACUGCUAGCAGAUUUACUGUGUGUUCCAGUGCCCAUACUACCAAACUAUUAAUAUGCCAGGAAACAUGUUUAGUACGUCCCAAUACAUAGUUUGUCAAAUGCAGUAUAUCAGAAAAGACCAGGAUGUCUGACUGUAUCCGGUCACAUCUCUGUGUAAUCUGACCCACAAUUCUCUGCACAGCAGAUUUAUGAACAAGUGGGUCAAAGUUAAAUGUGCAAUAUUAGGAAGAAGCUGUACUCCCAAUCGAGUGCAUUCUGCAUCCAAAAAUACGUACUUUGGGCAGCUGCAGUAUUUACAAAAGUAAUCUUUUGAAAGUAUGCCAGCUCACAAGCCAACCCAAGUAGAUGGGUUCUAUCUGUGUCUGUGCACUGUCUUUACUUACUUCCAGUAGUUUUGUUGUUGUUGCUCUAGGUGCAACAACAACAACAACAACAGGUGCUAAGGGGUUGAAUUUGGUAGCAGUUGUUGAGCUUGCUGGGUUGGGGUGAGGUGAGAAGGCCGUGAGAACACUGUCAUCAGAAAUGGUUGCAUUAAAUAGUCUGUGUGAUUAUGAUGUAAUGAUGAUGCGUCACUGGGAGGAAUGCCAUUGUGAACUAAAGACAGACUUUUGAAUAGCCUAUUUCUAUAAUGAAGGGGAAAACUCCGUAACUAUUUAUCCAAUAAGAAUAAUGAAGUAACAUGAGUUGAAUUUUAGUACUAUUAUUAAAUGAUUCAAAAUAAUUUCAAAUGUUUUUAUAUAUUUUACCUAGUUUAUUCAUACGUUUAAUCCAUACUGUCUUUUAUUGAUUUAAGUAAUACUGAGUACUUAAUUAUAGUGACCGGCUCGUUGACCAUUACAUUUUCGACCUAACUAACGUAAUCUAAUAACUAAUAUAGCUAGCUUGUGUCAUUCUGAACCUUAUCCUUAUGCGAGUUUAUACCAAGCGGACAGGAAGUAAUAAGUCUGCAAAAUCUCAUCUUAUUAAAUUUGACUAAAGAUAAUGUCAACAUUUGUACACAAUGUAGCUCCUACGAAGGUCUUGUUCAGGCCUGUGAACGUGUUCUGAAGGGUUCUGGUGCAGUGGAACUAUAAAUAUCCGUGCUUAGGUCUGCCUCUGCUGUACAUCAUUUGUGUGACUUUUUUUGUGCAUUUAUUUUAAAGAUAAGUAAGGGGGAGAUAUUGACAUGCCUCACAGCAUGAACUCUGACAUUUAAUGGCCUUAUAUCUGAAUGACCUCACGCUUUAGUCGUCGUCUAAUCGGUUUCAAUGAGAAUUCAAUUUGUCGUUGAAGCCUCCUAUUUUCAAAUGUAAAGCACUAUCUCAGUGUCUAUAGAGAUAUAUUUUCUCAGCCUCACUUAACAAAGCUACUAUUUUGGUAGAAUUUGACAGUGCACAAAGCAAGCCAAAAAAGAGAUUGGACUUGUAUACACAUGCACAUAUAUUUGUAAAUAUAAUCACACAAAAGCCAUUAUUUCAAAGUCAUUAAUAAGCUGCUAAAUAAUGCCAAAAAAAAAUCAGUAUUCUACAUAACUUGGAAGCGAUUGGAUUACAGUAUAAACUAACAUCUGUGUUGGGAUCAUUUCCUAUAGUGUACUGUUUAGUUUACCUUUCUGAUUCUAUUGGAUGCUACGUCCAAGAUGUUCUUAUUUAUAUACUUGUCCAAUUUGUUGUGCCGAUUCUUUUCAAUGUGAAAAUAUUCAAAGUAUCUUUGUUUCAAACCGUAGCUCUAAUGGACUUCUUUAAGUUGUCAGAGGAGCAGUGUGUUUUCAGGAGUGGGUUCAUGUCGUCUCUCAGACUACUUUUACAUGCACAUGAGCAGUCUGAUGAUUUCCAGCUUUUCUCAAUCACCCGAAUCCUGACGCAGAAGAAAUGAGAAGCUGUUUAAAUCGUGAAGAGAAACUUGGUUAAACCUGCUAGUAUUCUGAUUGGAACCUUUUCUCUUUACGUGUGCUAAUGUGCAUGACAACGACCCGGGAGAAGGAAGGUAUCAUCCCUGUGGCAGUAAUCUAGCAGGAUUAAAGACUAUUUGGGUAAUUAAGACCAUGCAUCGUUGCAUCUAGACCAAAUACAUCCAAAGUCUAGCCCAUGCUCAACACACCUCUUGAUUUCCUGCUCACCGUUCUUAGUUUACGGUCAGUCCAAAUGCUCAAAUAAAAGCUGAAAACAAUAGUGUCCUAUUACAUAGCAAGUGUAUUAUAUAACAUAUUAGUUACACAUAAAAUAUGGUGGAGGAAUGGGAUUAAUCUGCUUUCUGACAAACUGUGUGUGAACUGGUUUUAUAGAAAUCCAACCAUUGCAGUGUUUCUAAACCAGUUGCUCUGCGUCAUGCCUUAACGCUGAUUUCUGUAAGUUACCUGGUUCCUUAGUGCAUGUAAACGUCGUGAAACAUUGAGAACUGGUUUAACCAGGCCGUGAUGUCAUGGACAUCUGCUAUUAGCGAUGGAACCAUCACAGUUUCUAUGUUCGCACUCGCAAUUCUGCAAAAGAUGGAAUACUUACCUGAUGUUCCCUUUUGUCGGAUACCAUGAUAAGAAUCUGGCCUGGACAGUCAGAACCGGGACUGAGUUGUAUAUUGGACUCAUGUUGUUAUAUCUAGAGUAUGAGGCUUUAAUAAGUGUAUACAAAAAAAUGAAGGGAAUUUUAGAAAGCAUGUUGAAGAUGAAAUGUAUUGUAUGGCUUUUUAUGGGAGGCUGCAGACGAAGACAUGCAGCCGGCCCCCGAGGAGCGAGGCCGGGUCUGGCGGUGCCUUGCAGCACAUUGCUCUCAGGAUGCUUUCAAUGUUCUAGUUUUCAGUCUCCCUGCCAACAUCCAGUGGUAACUGGCAAGAGUCUCCUCUGAUCUAGUGUUGAUAUAUUUUGUGAAAAUCCUACAUGUAACAUGUAGUACGUUUUAAAAGUGCGUUAUGUGCAGUUGAGAGGUGGAGGUGGCUUUGCAAAACGUUGUACUUUUUGUGUAAUCCUGUGUUACGCGCCGUGAGAUUUAUAAAGUUGGGCGACGAGGAUGGCUUUACGUGAUACAGCUACAGCGAGGGGAAGUCAUGUUGGUUUUCAUAAGGGUGUCGAAGCAGCCAAAAAAAAAAAAAAAUGGGUGUUUGAUUUCCCCCAUAUUUGUAAUGGUAUGCUGGUUGUCGGGCAGUUGUGGAGCGAGUGAUCUCGUUUCGACCUUUACAUUUUAUCCAAGACUUUGGGCCUUGGUACGCUAAUGUUGGAUGCUAACCAGGCCAUUUGGUACGGCCCCCAGGUCCUCAGGUCAAAGCUAUCACUUCUCAAGAAAUCGGAAUUAAUACGAAGCACAUUCAGGCUCCCAUGAUCUUUACGGUCCAUCGCCUUUAUUCCCACUCUCAGGACAAAGUGCCACAUUGAACUUUCAGCCUACACGUUGCAAAGAGGUUGUAAAGUGUAAAGCCAGCCCGAACAGCGAGCUCAUGUUUUGAGUUCAUUUGAAGGAAAAGGCCACUUAAUUUCAAGAUCCAGGUGUGGUCCUCCUCAGCUGACGGAUUGCAUUCAAAUUUUCAGUAAAGUAUGUCAGGCCUGUGAAAUGGAGGAGCCGCCCCCUAAUGUCACUUCUGACUCCAUUGGGAUCAAAUAACAGAAAUCUGUCAGUGGCAACUUAUUUUGUUGGUGUUUUAUUAUCUUAAUAAAUAAGGUAAUAAAGGAAGUGAUGUUGAGCUUAAGCAGUCUCGAAAGUUACCUCCAAUUUGUAAUAUAUGGCGCAGACUCAUAUGUCCUUUUGAAUUGGGAAAAUGAUCAUAAUUACAAAGAAGGAUGUCUGGGUAUUUUCUAUCUGAGCGGUAUUACUCUUACAAGGCUGAUUUUGUGAGCCUGACUUUUUCUCAUUGGUGUUUAAAAUAAAAUCUAUAUUUCUUUAUAAUGUCUACGUGCAACCGUGGUAUAUGAACAGACGUAAAGAAGAAGAAAAAAUGUGAAUGUGUUUUGCCCAAAUGACUCUUGGGCUUUGCUGACUUUGUUUUUUCAUGGAAAAAAGACGAGGCCACCUAAGGCCGGCUGUCUGUUCAUGAGAAGGUGAAACAAACUGCCUAAAUGUUUCUUCAUGUGAAACAAUCAGAUUGCAAGGCUGCUGUCAAGGUUGUUUCUGGCAUUUGGCUAAAAGUUUGCGUGCCAUCCUUUCCCCCUUGGUAGUUUAAUCGAUUCGGAACGUGUUCUCGUCGGAGUCCACCGCUGAUAAAAUGAAUAUCUCUAAAAACAUCCGCAUGGCUGCUGAUUGAGAGGCCAAAGUAACAUCGCCAGGGAUUUGACUUUAAUAUGUAAUUGGAAUAUGUUCCUUGGUGAUGGUGAGAUCCUUCUUUAACACUGGCAGAGCACAUGUACUUGGACGUGUUCAGACUCGGCUUAAUUCAAACCACAACACGUCCAGAGUGACUCCGGGAUUUACUAAAAUGAUUUAAAAUGAUUCGACUGUAUAAAAAGUAAAUCAUUGAGUGACGUUCACACGCAUCUACAGUAGCUCAAGCUGUUUAUGACUGUCAUCUUUGUAUAGCUACAGUAUACACGGCAUUUACACCCCGUGAAACUAUCGUCAAAUCAAUUUCAGCUCCUGUUUGACCCGUGCCACAUUGCUGGCCCUCCCGUCAUUCGACACAAUGCUCUGGUGGACAGUGUGAGAGCAAGUUCACACUCGAAGCCCAGUGGCAGUGUGUGCCCGUCAUGCUGAAAUAGUUCUGGCGGUAGCUGAAAGCUACAGGUGAGACUUUCACGAAGAAAUGUGACGUGCAUGGCGCCGCGAUGUCUUUCGUGUCUCUCUAUUCAGGGUUCCUCGGUUUAGUCCCUGUUCCCGACACCACUUCCAGAAAGAUUCUGCAUUCGCUGGACAAUAGACUUCUAACAGGCUAAAGAUAAACUCGCUAUCACCAGAAAAAAUACUUUGUCAAAGGUUACACGAAAGACCAAGAACGCUGCCCCCCCCCCCCCCCAUUUGAAAGUGCCGCAAACAAUUUAGCCACAAAUGUCUAGAAUUGACUUUUGCUUGUUGAUGCAAAUUGUAUCUAUACCUUGAAUGUAACAAAAUAUGAAAUGUAUAUGAUAAAUAGUUUUAUUUAAAUAAAGGGAAGAUAAAAAAUGGCAUAAUGUUGGUGACACUGUGUGUCACUGGGAGUAGCCCGUUGGUAUGUACUACUUCUUACUGGGUACAGUAGUUAAUUUACAGGGACAUGUAUGUGUGCUUCAUAACGGUGCACAGAUACCCUGUGGACAGCAGUAAGCAUCAUGUCCUCUCUGUACAUAAUCACACGUGUGUGUACAAAUAUAGAGAAUGCGAUCUGUAAAUGUAACGGUUACUUCAGUUGUUCUAAUACUUGGAUGAUUUCUGUGUUGUAACCUGUGCACCCUGGUUAACGUGCAUCUAUUUCCUCUGAUUUUACGUGUCAGCGUUGCGCUAUUUUAAUGGGAAUUUAGAUAUAUUUUGAAUAUAUUUUUCCUAAUAAAACAUGCCGAAGUUGUUCUUGGGUGGCUUUUCUCAAACAUGCUGUUCUUGUGAUUCGACGAUGGUCAGGCAAUGCAUUCUGUAUUUCAGAGCUGUGUUGAAUUGUGAUUGUAAUUUUAGCGGCCCGGCGGAAGAUCGGUUACGGUUGAUGUUGUCAGUGACUUGAUGUGAACGUGGAGGACUUACGGUUCCAAAUUGGUUGUUGGAUGAAGACGACGCAUUACGCGCCUGUUCAAACACCCCUUAACGUCUUGGAGUUUCUGCAACCUUAUCGCCGACAAUUUUGAAUUGUUGGCUAGCAGAGGAGAGGAGGUAGAUGUAUUUGAACACGACUACGUACACUCGGUGGAACACUCGGGUCAAUGUCACGCAAACAUUUUAAAUCGCAUACUUUUGUGUUUUCUGAUAUUGAGAAGGGCAGCGGUCACGUUUCUGAAGGAGGUCGCCUGUUGGAGUUGACCAGUGUUCUGCAAUGUAAAAUAAGCACGUUUUUGUGUGUGUGUGUGUUGUGAUGAUCUGCAGUAUUGUAAUCCACUCUGACUGGAUAGCGUUGCCUUUAUAGACCAAAAUAUACAAACAUAGACUAUUUGGGUCCGUGGGCUCAAAUAAAAUGUAAGUGUCAAUGACGAAAUGUGUUUCUCUUCACAAAUAAAGCAAAAUGCUGUUCAAACUG